GUUCCCGGGUCGCCAGAUGCGCAUCUCGUUACGGACCUUCCGUUAUUGAGUUCUGAGGAGUUUCCGACGAAGCACUGGGCGGGUCAUCUACCGGCCUCUCCAAAUAAUGACAAGUACUUUUUCUAUUGGCUCUUUGAACCGGAGGGUAAUUAUGACAAAGAUACGGUGCCUCUGAUCAUUUGGUUGAAUGGAGGGCCAGGAUGUAGUAGUAUGGACGGCUUGUUUUUGGAAAAUGGACCGUUUCGCUUGGAGAUGGACGAAAACGAAAACUACCAAAUCAAAGCAGCGGAACAUAGUUGGCACAAAUCGCCGGCUUACACGCUCUACAUAGACCAGCCGGUUGGAACAGGACUCAGUUUUACCACGUCUGGGCAUUAUCCUUCCAACGAUGAGCUUGUGAACGUUGAUUUUUACCACUUUAUCCAAUCUUUUUUCCAGCUUCAUUCAGACAAGUUUGUGGAUCAAAGGGUACGCAAUCCACUUUGGUUUUCGGGGGAGAGCCAUGCGGGCCACUAUAUUCCAUCCAUGAUGAACUACAUUUUAAAGCAGAACGAUGAUUUGAAGGACGGGGAUAUUGAGAUCCCUUUGGCGGGUGCCGCUAUUGGCAAUGGUUGGACAGACCCCGUUCACCAGUACGCUGCAGCCGAAGCUGCUUACGGCCAUGGUAUAAUCGAUCGCGCACAAUUGACCGCAAUGUCUGCGCAAGAACGAGUCUGUCAGCAAAAACUCGAGAAGGGUCAAAUGAUUGUAUCCGAGUGCUUUCGACUCUUGGACGAUGUGGUUCGGCAAUCACAGGGUGUCAAAUCGGAAUACAAGAUCAGCCAAUACGAUGUUCGCAAAACAGAAUCAACUCAACAUUCGGACAGAGAUUUUCCUCCCGGUCACAAGGUCGUAGAGACGUUCCUGGGGGGAUGGCCGAUGAAAGAUGACCCGGGAAAACUUUCCACGGAUAUUUCGGUAGAAGUUUUAAAGGCUAUCCACGCGACAUCUGCUACGGCAGCAGGACAGCGUUUUCAAGAAUGCACCGAUCCUCCUUACAAUGCUUUAGCCCACCAGGAUGGUAAGGGAGUCGUUGAAGAUGUCAUCGCAGUUUUGGAGCACGCUGCCAACGUUAAAUUGCUCUUUUUCAACGGGGUUGAAGACUUAAUUUGCAACCAUGUGGGAAACGAGGUAAUGCUGGAGAAACUACCCUGGAAGCACCAAGAUGAUUGGAUCAAGGCUGAGAGAUUCGCUUGGAGAUCGGAAAGUGAGCAAGUUUCCAGAAUUUCUGGUUACGUGAAGGAAUUCGAGAAUCUUUCAUUCCUCAAAGUACUAUCGGCUGGGCACAUGGUGCCGAUGGACGUUCCCGAGGUCUCCUUAGACAUGAUG